UGAGAGAUCCAAGUGGGAGAAAUUUUGAGGGACGGGGAAAGAAAGAGAGGAAGGGAAGCCAUGAUUGCGUUGCAGAGAUCUUCAAAUUCAUACAGAAAGCAAGGCUCCUCUGGGCGUGUUUGGGAAGAUUUGUUCCAGCAAACUGCUUCAUCUCUAACAGAGGGACAAGAAGAUGCAAAAGCUCAAUUCAAAGAUGGUGUGCUACCAAGAAUCAACACCACUAAUCGGAGUCGACCCACCAGCGGAGGACAGCCGUUUCGCACCGGAAGGGUGUCGCCUGCGAUAGAGCCGCCCUCUCCUAAGGUCUCUGCAUGUGGGUUUUGCUCCGGUUUUGGAAAAUCGUCGAAGUCUGGGAGAACAAAGCCUAGUAAGCGUAGAUGAUGGUAGUUGUGCUUUUUCUGGUGGCCGGACAUGGUGUUUUCCGGCGAAAUGGAUGUAAGUCAGGUUUAUAUAUAUAUAUAUGAUUUAUGUUCAUCUAUGACCAUGAAGUUUGUAGGAAUUUUGGAAACAAAAAAAACAUUUCUGUAUUUCUGUUUUUGUUGUUUCCAAUCAGAUGGAAAUGGAAUCAUGGAAGAUGGUAGAUGGAUAUGAUUUAUUUGUACAGUAAUUUUGUUUUGGUU